GGCCCGGAGCUGCAGUCGGAGCAGAAGCCGAAGUCGUAGUGACCAAGACGACCUGACUCGAAGACGUGAGGAGAAGCGGCGGGAGGUAAAUCGAAGAGUUGCGGACCGACAGCGACAAGAGCAGCGAUCUCGCGAACGCGAGAAGGAAAGGAAGACCAGAAUAAAUGAGAAGGACCAGCGCCUGAAAGAAAAGGAGGAGAAGCAGCCGAAGAAAAAGGCGCAGAAGCCCACCAAGAAGCGAAAGAAGAGCAGCUCAGGGAGCAGCGACAGCAGCUCCAGCUCCGACCCCUCCAGCGCCUAG